AUGCUGACUCCCGGGGUUGUCUUGGUCUACGUGAUAGCCCAUCAUGGUAUGACCAGCUUCCAUGGCGAUCUUCGCCUUACAUUUGUGAGCGUACACGAGAAUGACACGAAUGCCUCCAGUGGGCAGAGAAAAGCAAUUACGUUCGUUAAAAUCACAAUCUAUCACAUCACGAUACACUCUCAAAGGAAAGUCUGUUUUAUUACAGUAUUUGAUGGAAGCAGUGAAGCAUCAUUUGGAGGUCUAGAUUAUUUCAUCUCACCUUCAUGGCUAGCUCGAUCCUUCUCAGAUGCACGUACCUACUGUCAAUAUCAUGGAGCUGAUUUAGCACUCAUCAAAUCACACGAUAUCAACACCUUCCUUCGUGACAGGAUUUCGGGAUUAAGUAACUAUGUAUUUUUUGGUUUGACUGACCAAGCUGUAGAAGGCACAUUUACAUGGAUCGAUGGAACACCUUUACAAUAUUCAGCAUGGAGGGAUCCUGAACCCAACGGCGGUGAUAAUGAAGAUUGUGUCACUCUAUCUUCUGAUCUUAACUUGGGAUGGAAUGAUAUUCCGUGUAAUCUCGACCAUCCCUUCAUAUGUGAACGCUAUCAGGAUGUUCCUGAAUAUGAGUGGAGUCGCUUUGAUGGAACCCUGUACUAUAUCUCUCAAUCCUCGAUGACGUCAUAUACGUUUGCUAGAAGGUUCUGCCAGGCUCAAGGAGGGGAUCUUGCCCAGCCUAAAACAGAGGAAAUCAAUAUGCAUCUCAUGAAGCUGGCUGGAGGAAACUCGUAUUGGUUUGGACUCGAUGAUAGCAGUCCAGAGGGCACGUUCCAAUGGAUUGAUCGCACUUCACUCGACAAUAAUGAAUUUCCUGCUUGGUCGAAUGGUGAUGCAACCCUAUUUGAGAGUGAACGAUGUGUUCAUCAACAGGUUAAUAAUGGAUGGAGAAAACUACCGUGUACAUCCUACCUCAGGUUCGCAUGUGAAAAAGCUCCGAUUCUUCUUCACCAGCAAUGCUAG